CAUAACAUACCAUACUCUCCCUUCCCACCUCCUCUCCUUCUCCCAGUAGAGAGAGGAAACCAAUUUCUCUCUCUCUAGAAUUCUAUCUCCUUCUCAUCUCCCUUUUAUCUUUCUAUCUUUACGUAUAUAUAUAUACGGAAAGAAAAGGUAGCAAAAAUCUAUAUAUACUUCUUAUAUAUAUAGAUCACGUAUAUUCCUGUAAGAAAGCUUUUGUGGUAGAUUGGACGGCAAAGAGUUUCCGAUUUGCGAGUUAUGCAGGCUGAUCAGACGGUGUUGAGCUUGAGACCAGGUGGUGGCAAUCGCGGUGGAAACAGAGUAUUCGGCCCGCGCUUCGAUUCCUCGGCGGCGGCGGCGAAUUCUGAUCUUCCGCUGCUGCGUCCCUAUGGCGGUGCCGGUGCAUCUUCGCUCCCUACUUUCAAGACUGGAGAGUCUCGAUUUGAGGGCCGUGAACGGAUCCGUUACACUAGAGACCAACUGCUGCAGCUAAGGGAGGCGGUCAGCAUCCCUGAGGAGAUUCUAAAGGUUAAACAAGAAGUUGAAGCUGAAUUUUUUGGUACAGAUCCUAGCUGGAGUCGUGGAGAAAACAAUCUCCCAAAUCAGGUUCAAAGUCGUUAUUCUGAACCAGAUAACCGUGACUGGCGUAACCGAUCUGCACAAGUUCCUGCCCCUACGGAGGAGAGAUCCUGGGAGGCAAUACGAGACAGAGACUUUGGUGGGCGGUUUGACCCUAAACAACAAGAUGUGAAUCAGUACAAUAAGACAGAGCAGCUGAGCUCGCAGUUUGCUAGAACCCAAAUUUCUUCCAACCAAGGGGUUGCACCUACUCUUAUCAAGGCUGAAGUACCUUGGUCUGCUCGAAGGGGAAAUCUUUCUGAGAAGGACCGUGUUCUGAAGACAGUCAAGGGGAUACUGAACAAGCUGACUCCUGAGAAGUUUGAUCUUCUAAAGGGUCAAUUGAUUGACUCUGGAAUCACAACUGCUGAUAUUCUGAAGGGAGUUAUCUCCUUGAUAUUCGACAAGGCUGUAUUGGAGCCAACAUUUUGCCCCAUGUAUGCGUUGCUGUGUUCAGAUCUAAAUGAAAAGCUUCCUCCAUUUCCAUCAGAUGAGCCUGGUGGAAAAGAAAUUACAUUUAAGCGCGUGCUCUUGAAUAUUUGCCAGGAGGCAUUUGAAGGUGCUGACAAAUUGAGGGAAGAGGUUAGGCAGAUGACUGCUCCUGAGCAAGAAGCGGAACGAAGAGAUAAGGAAAGGUUAAUCAAACUCCGGACACUUGGUAAUAUUCGUCUAAUUGGAGAACUUUUGAAGCAGAAGAUGGUUCCAGAAAAGAUUGUCCAUCACAUUGUUCAGGAAUUAUUGGGACCGGAUAACAAGAGUUGUCCUGCAGAAGAGAAUGUUGAGGCCAUAUGUCAGUUCUUCAACACCAUUGGUAAACAGCUUGAUGAGAGCCAAAAAUCAAAGCGUAUAAAUGAUUUGUACUUCAAUCGCUUGAAGGAUUUGUCGACAAACCCUCAACUGGCUGCACGAUUGAGGUUUAUGGUUCGUGAUGUUAUUGAUCUCCGUGCCAAUAAUUGGGUGCCAAGACGGGAAGAGGUGAAAGCUAAAACCAUCACUGAGAUCCACUCAGAAGCUGAGAAAAAUCUGGGAUUGCGGCCAGGUGCUACUGCUAGCAUUAGAAAUAGUCGGGCCAUGGCUGCUGGGGCUCAAGGAAGUAUUAGUCCUGGAGGCUUCCCAAUGAAUCGGCCUGGUUCAGGUGGUAUGAUGCCUGGGAUGCCAGGAACAAGAAAAAUGCCUGGGAUGCCUGGUAUGGAUAAUGACAAUUGGGAAGUUCCUAGGUCUCGAUCUAUGCCAAGAGGGGAUGGUUCAAAUGUUCAGACUGCUGGGCGUGUUCAGUCACCACUGAUAGGCAAGUCACCGGCAGUGAAUCAGCGGCUUCUACCUCAAGGUAGCGGUGGGUUCAUGGGUGGCAGAACUAGUGCCCUCUUGCAGGGCAGUGGUGCACCUCCUGCCCGACCCGCUAACUAUGGAGGAUAUUUGAUGGACCCUGGAUCUCAAGUUCCGGCUCCAUACAGACAGGCUCCAGCUGCUGCUUCUGCUACUCCUGUUACUGAAAAACCAAUUGCUCCUGCAAAAUCGAAUCCUGAUGAGCUCAAGAGGAAAACAACCUCACUUCUUGAGGAGUAUUUUAGUGUCAGACUCUUGGACGAAGCAUUGCAAUGUGUUGAAGAAUUGAAAUCCCCUGCUUAUCAUCCUGAAGUUGUCAAAGAGGCCAUUUCCCUUGGAUUGGAGAAAAGCCCACCUUGCGUUGAACCAGUUGGGAAACUUCUGGAGUACUUGUUUGACAAGAAGGUUAUUAAUGCAAAGGAUAUUGCCGCUGGAUGCAUCUUCUAUGCAGCAUUGCUGGAUGACCUCGCCAUUGAUUUACCAAAAGCACCAACCCAUUUUGGUGAGAUAAUUGGGAAACUUGUUUUGGCUGGAGCCUUGGACUUCAACAAGGUGGCAAGGGAUAUUCUGGCAAAAGUAGGUGACGACUAUUACCAAAAGGCCAUAUUUACUGCUGCUCUGAAGGUUGUCAGCUCUGAUCCUUCAGGAAAGGCAUUGCUCGAUUCACAGGCGUCUGAUGUCGCUGCCUGCGAGAGUUUAUUUUAGAGCUCACUCCUUGUUAUGGGAAUUACUGGAAACAUUUGUAACCUCAUAGAAGAAAUGUGCUAUUUCUCACCUUCGCCUGGCGCUUCUAAUUACACCGUACCGUUGAAGACCGAGCAGAGUGGGUGGAGCUGCGAAGAACAGGCGGUUGUGGGCUGUAUAUUUUUCUUGAGGUCAUAGAAGGGUGUUCAUUAGAGAAAAAGAAAUUUAAAGUUUAGUCCAUAAAGAUUUUGUUUCCCGAGUGGCUAAACAGACGCCUGUGGCUGCUCGGGAAUGAAGGGUCCUCUAAGGACCCAGUUGUUUUGUAUUUGAUUAGUUUUAAACUUUAUUUAUUCCGUCGACUUAUUAAAUUUUGUCAAAUUUGUGAGUCAUAAUGUGGCUAUGCACAAUUCUAAAAUAGAGAAUGUGACAGUAUAUUUUGUUUUAUUUUCUUCGAGGGAAGACAUCUAAUUUGCUUGAAGUUGAUUUUUCGGCUGAGAGA